GACCAGAGAACUUCAGUCAAGUUUUAACUGUCGAAAAAAUACCAAUAUUGUUCGUUCAGGCAACACUGAGAAACAGUUUAAAGGCUCUAAAUAUGGAAAAGCAUCUUGUCACAUGAACAACUUAGAGAGGCAAAAGGAGAGGCAAGCAAGAAGAAAUCCAUUUAGCUGUUUUGAUCGGAGUAAAACACAGAAACAGAAGGACAAACACAUUAGAAUUCAUACAGGACAAAAACCAUUUGUCUGUUCUGAGUGUGGUCAAAGAUGUGGACAUAAGAGCACUCUGAAAACACAUAUGAUAAUUCAUACAGGACAAAAACCAUUUGGCUGUUCUGAAUGUGGUCAAAGAUUUGGACGAAAGAGCCACCUGAAAGGACACAUGAUAAUUCAUACAGGACAAAAACCAUUUGUCUGUUCUGAAUGUGGUCAAAGAUUUGGACUACAGAGCAACUUGAACAAACACAUGAUUAGUCAUACAGGACAAAAACCAUUUGUCUGUUCUGAGUGUGGUCAAAGAUUUGGACGAAAGAGCACUUUGAACAGACACAUGAUAAUUCAUACAGGACAAAAACCAUUUGUCUGUUCUGAGUGUGGUCAAACAUUUGGACUAAGGAGCUCUCUGAACAAACACAUGAUAAUUCAUACAGGACAAAAACAAUUUGGCUGUUCUGAAUGUGGCCAAAGCUUUGCACACAAGACCUACCUGAACAAACACAUGAUAAUUCAUACAGGGCAAAAAGCAUUUGUCUGUUCUGAGUGUGGUCAAAGAUUUGGACGAAAGAGCACUCUGAACAGACACAUAAUAAUUCAUACACAGUGA